AUGGGCUCAUACGCAAACCAACAUUCCUUCCUGCGUGUGUCUGGUACAGACAUAGUCGACGGCCAUGGCCGACCAGUCAUCCUCAAAGGUGCCGCUAUCGGAGGCUUCCUUAACAUGGAGAACUUCAUCACCGGAUACCCAGGCCACGAGCAUGAACACCGCGCGUCCAUGGCAUCUGUCCUAGGGAAAGAAAAAGCACAAUACUUCUUCGACCGACUGCUACACCAUUUCUUCACAGAAGAAGACGCCGAAUUCUUUGCAUCGUUGGGUCUGAAUUGCAUCCGGGUCCCCUUCAACUACAGACACUUCAUGGACGACCAGGAGAACCCACCUGUCUUCAAGCAAGCUGGCUUCGACCUGCUCGACAGGGUGGUGGGAAUCUGUCGCAAAUAUAACCUCUACGUCAUCCUUGACCUCCAUGCCGUUCCAGGUGGCCAGAACCAAGACUGGCAUUGCGAUAGCGGUCUCUCGCGCGCGCUGUUCUGGGACUUCAAAGUCUUUCAAGAUCAAGUGAUUGACCUUUGGGUUGCUAUUGCGAAACACUAUGCCAAUGAUCCCAUUGUCGCGGGAUACAACCCUCUCAAUGAACCCGCCGAUCCAGCACACGUUCGACUCCUGGACUGGUACGGCCGCGUGCAUGCGGCCAUCCACGCCGUUGAUCCGAAUCACAUUCUCUUUCUCGACGGGAACACCUACUCGAUGGACUUCUCUCACUUCGAAAGUAUUCUCCCCAACGUGGUCUACUCCUGUCACGACUAUGCAACGAUGGGCUUCCCUAUCCCUGGGCAGCCAUUGUACACCGGCACAGCGGAGCAAAAAGCAAAGUUGAAAUCCCAGUUCAAUCGAAAAGUCCAGUUCAUGCGUGACUGGGACGUCCCCAUCUGGAACGGCGAGUUCGGUCCUGUCUACCCGGUUGCGCAGAGAGGCGAGAAUGCGCAAGAGGUCCUACGGUCCCGCGUUGAGCUUCUCCGUGAGCAGCUGCGGAUUUAUGCGGACGCUAAUGUCAGCUGGAGUAUUUGGCUAUACAAGGAUAUUGGGUAUCAAGGGAUGGUCUACGUCAAUCCGGACACGCCGUAUAUGAAACUUAUUGGCGAGUUCGUGGAGAAGAAGCAGCGCCUUGGUGUGGAUUUCUGGGGUUGCACGGAUAAGACGGGUGUCAGUCAUGUGUAUGAGCCGUUUAUUGCGAAGCUGAAGGAGAUGGUUCCCGUGCAUCUUCAUAAGAAGAAAUAUCCGCCGGUAUGGACGUUUGAUCGCCAGGUGGAGCGGGUGGUGAGAGAGUGUCUAGUCAGUGAAUAUCUAACCUGGGAGUUUGCGGAGUUGUUUGAGGGAAAGACCAAGGAUGAGCUGGAAGAGCUGGCUGCUUCAUUUGCGUUGAAAAACUGUGUGCAAAGGCAGGAGCUAAACCUGGUGCUUACUGAAGACGCUCAUAGAACGAAAGCGUGA